AUGCAAAUAUUCCACUUUUUCAAUUUUUCUAUCUUCUUCUUCUUCAUCUCUAUAGCAAAUGCUUACUGGCGUCCUAAAAAUCCUUGGACCACUGAACUUUCUGAAUUGUUAGCUCUACACAAUGCAUACCGACAAGCUGUGAAAUACGGUAAAGUAGCAGAUCAACCACCAGCGGUGAAUAUGGCACACUUACAAUGGUGUUUUAAAUUAGCUUCACUCUCUCGGAACUGGGCGAUGAGAUGUCAAAGUGAACGCAGUAAUAUGACAAUGAGGCAAGGCGCAUCAUGGAAAUAUGUUGGUCAAAGUGUAGCUGUUGUUUCAAAUGUCAGAAAUGCAGUUAUUCAGUGGUUCAGUGAGCAUAACAACUACAACUUCAUAACGAAUCAAUGCAAAGAAAAGAAAACAUGUGCAAACUAUAAACAAUUGGUAUUUUCUGAGACUACUCAUGUUGGCUGUGCAUACAAUAAGUGUGGAAAUUUCGCAGCACCGAAUAAUACUGUUGUUGUCUGCAGUUAUGGACCAGGAGGUAAAUAUGAAAGUCAAAGACCUUAUAGGGAAAAGACAAGGAGAGAAACGGAUUAUGAUGAUAUAAUAUUAAAUAUAAUGCAACUUUUGAAGUAA